GUCAAAUUAACAUUCAACGGUUCAGAUCUAAUCUCAAAGACGAACCAUGACUGGUGUUGAUGAUGAUGAUAAGAACUUCAAAGAAGAACCUGAGAUUCAAGUUUUAAGCGACGACGAUAGUGAUGAAGAACAAGUUAAAGACGUAGGUGAAGAAGGUAGCGACGAAGAUGAUGAUGAUGGUAGUGAAGGUGAUGACGAUGAUGAUGAUGAGGAAGAAGAAGAUGAUGAUGAUGAUGAUGUUCAGGUUUUGCAGUCUUUAGGUGGUCCUCCUGUACAAUCAGCGGAAGAUGAAGAUGAAGAAGGUGAUGAAGAUGGAAACGGUGAUGACGAUGAUGAUGAUGAUGAUGACGACGAUGAUGAUGAUGAUGAAGAUGCUGAAGAUGAGGGGGAUCUUGGGACAGAGUACUUAGUGAGGCCAGUUGGUAGAGCUGAAGAUGAAGAGGAUGCAAGUGAUUUUGAGCCGGAAGAGAAUGGUGUGGAAGAGGAUAUUGAUGAAGGAGAAGACGAUGAGAACGAUAACUCGGGUGGUGCUGGGAAAUCAGAGGCUCCGCCGAAGAGGAAGAGAGCUCCUGAAGAAGAUGAAGAGGAUAGUGGUGAUGAAGAUGAUGACAGACCUCCAAAGAGGUAGUUUUCGGAUCUGACAACAACACAAUGAGACCAGAGAGCUUUUAUGUUUUUUAAAAAAUUUGGUGUUGUGAG